AUGAAGCCGGUAUUGAAGAGCAAAAUGGCCGACGAGGAGGGAGAUUACUUCCCCCCGACACCAAGGAAGGGCUGGUCGAUCGGUCUGAUGAAGUUCGUCUCCCUUCUGGUUGUUUUCAUGGCAGGGGCGGUGCUGGGCCUGUCGGUGAGCGCCCAUUUCCACAAGUACUUCAGCUCCCAGGCCGAUCUCUUCUUUCCGAGGACCCUGUACACGGCGACUUGCGACAGGGAUUGCAUGAGCAUCAAGAGCUUCGUGAAUCCGUCCCAUUUGAUGCACGCCAUGACCGACGACAAGCUCUUCUGGCGGGCGACGAUGGUGCCCAAGAUGGAGGAUUACCCCUUCGAGAGGGUCCCCAAGGUGGCUUUCAUGUUCCUCACACGGGGGCCUCUGCCGUUUGUGCGGCUGUGGGAUAAGUUCUUCAAAGGCCAUGAGGGCUUGUAUUCCGUCUAUGUGCAUGCGCUUCCUGACUACAAGCUCAAUGUCUCGGAGGAUUCUGCUUUCUAUGGCCGCCAAAUCCCCAGCUUGGAAGUUUCAUGGGGUUCGGUUACUCUGGUAGAUGCAGAGAAGCGUCUCUUGGCCAAUGCUCUCUUGGAUUUCUCCAAUGAGCGGUUUGUUUUGCUCUCGGAGAGUUGCAUACCAAUAUACAAUUUCCCUGCUGUUUAUGAGUACCUCAUAAACUCACACCACAGCUUUGUUGAGUCCUAUGAUGAGGAUUCGCUGCAGGGCCGUGGCCGUUACAGACGUGGCAUGUCCCCUCAUAUCAAACUCUAUCAAUGGAGAAAAGGUUCUGAGUGGUUCGAGCUCAACCGUGAAUUGGCUGUGACUAUAGUUGCAGACUACAAGUACUAUGCCAUCUUCAGGAAACACUGUAAGCCUUCUUGCUAUCCUGAUGAGCACUACAUCCCAACUUACCUGAAUAUGUUCCAUGGAUCUCUGAAUGCGAACCGGAGCUUGACAUGGGUUGAUUGGUCAAGGGGAGGCCCUCACCCAGCGAGAUAUGGUGCUUCAAAUGUUACACCGGAGUUUAUUCAGGCAUUAAGAAAUAAUGGGACCUUCUGUAUGUACAAUUCGAGGCCGACUUCUAUUUGUUUCCUCUUUGCAAGGAAGUUUGCUCCAAAUGCAUUGGAACCUCUACUCAACCUCACUUCAACAGUAAUGGGUUUCUGACUGACUUUGUUUGGCAUGCUGAUUUAUUGCCUUCAGGAGAUACUCCAUUCACUUCUCAGUGAUCAGGGAGGAAUUAUUCUGACACUACCACCAGGGCAUCCUUGCUGCCUCUGGAUUUUGACUAGAGGCGAGUCUCGGAUUAUUUUUUCUGAUGGACGGUGUAGCAGAUUAUGUGGUAGGCAGUCCAGAAGUUGCUUAAUGGAGGAUGUGAAGGUGCCAGACACGGAGCUUCAAUUUCUUAUUCCAUAUCCUCAGUUAAUUUUGGUUUGGUACAAGAGAUAUUGUAAUGCAUUUGUUCAGAUACUCAUCUGUAAAUAUGAAUUCAUCAUUCGUUUUGUCAUUUUAAGUUCAACAAUGCCAUUGGGUUUUUAUCUCCUCGAUGUUGGUAGCAGCUUAAAUAUUUC